GCCGCCGCCACGCCUCCGCCGCCGCCACGCCUCCGCCGCCGCCACGCCUCCGCCGCCGCCACCGCCGGCUGCAGCGCCCGGAGGAGGUCGGGAUGUUAUCACUUCCGCCGGGGCGUCUCACUGUGUCCGGGUCAGCUGCUGCCGCCGCCGCCGUGCCGCUGCGGCCGAGGGAUUGGGCUGGGGUCUCCACCGCCGACCGAGGGGGGCGGGCUCCGCUCGGCGCUGCUUUUUGCGACCUGGCCGUCAGCCCCACGUCGCCGGCCUGGAGGGGCGAAGAGGACGAGGGGGCCAAGGCUUCCUCCGGGGACAUUGGCUCCCUGGAUUUUCAAGAGUUUGUAGUUGACAUUGAAUCCAGGCUGAGGAUGGAAGGUGUGGAACUUAAAGAAGAAUGGCAAGAUGAAGAUUUUCCGAUACCUUUACCAGAAGAUGAUAGUAUUGAAGCAGAUAUACUACCUAUAACUGGACCAGAGGACCAGCCUGGCUCACUAGAAGUUAAUGGAAAUAAAGUGAGAAAGAAACUAAUGGCUCCAGACAUUAGCCUGACGCUGGAUCCUAGUGAUGGCUCUGUAUUGUCAGAUGAUUUGGAUGAAAGUGGGGAGAUUGACUUAGAUGGCUUAGACACACCGUCAGAGAAUAGUAAUGAAUUUGAGUGGGAAGAUGAUCUUCCAAAACCCAAGACUACUGAAGUAAUUAGGAAAGGCUCAAUUACUGAAUACACAGCAGCAGAGGAAAAAGAAGAUGGACGACGCUGGCGUAUGUUCAGGAUUGGAGAACAGGACCACAGGGUUGAUAUGAAGGCAAUUGAACCCUAUAAAAAAGUUAUCAGCCAUGGGGGAUAUUAUGGGGAUGGUUUAAAUGCCAUUGUUGUGUUUGCUGUCUGUUUCAUGCCUGAAAGUACUCAACCUAACUAUAGAUACCUGAUGGACAAUCUCUUUAAAUACGUUAUUGGCACUUUGGAGCUAUUAGUAGCAGAAAACUACAUGAUAGUUUAUUUAAAUGGUGCAACGACUCGAAGAAAAAUGCCCAGUCUGGGAUGGCUCAGGAAAUGUUAUCAGCAAAUUGAUAGAAGGUUACGGAAAAAUCUAAAAUCCCUAAUCAUUGUACAUCCUUCUUGGUUUAUCAGGACACUUCUGGCUGUUACAAGACCAUUUAUUAGCUCAAAAUUCAGCCAAAAAAUUAGAUACGUCUUUAAUUUGGCAGAACUAGCAGAACUUGUCCCCAUGGAAUACGUUGGCAUACCAGAAUGCAUAAAACAAGUUGAUCAAGAACUUAAUGGAAAACAAGAUGAACCGAAAAAUGAACAGUAAGUUUGGCAUCUAGUCCAAACAAGACUGAAGAAUGUGCUGAUGGAGCAGUGCUGUUUUUGCAUUCAUAAUGCAUUUAUUGGCCCAUAUUUUUAUGUAACCUGUUACAAAAUCGACUUGACUUUUUCAUAAUGGACUUUUGUAUUAUACAAGGGACUGUUCACUGCUGUAUUGGUUUGCAAAUUUCUUGAAUUUAGCUCUUUAAUAGCUAACUGUAUUAUUAUCGUUUUAUAUUUUAUAUUGCUAAAUAGAGAACCACACUUUAUAUAAAGCAGUUUUUGCAUUUGUUUAUUGAAUGAUGCAUCUUCUUUGGUGAAAUAUUUAUAUGCAUAAAUGGCAAAGGAAAGAAAUAAUAUAUAUUUUUAUGUUAUUGAGCAAUAUUUUUUAAUGUGUACCUGUCUUAUGGAAGAAAUAUGCAGGUAUAUAAGACCACGAUUUUGUAAAGUGCAUAUUAGAAUUUUUGCUUUUGUAAAUGGUUAAAUACAUUUCCUGGGUAACUUAGAAAAUUAAGUUUCUCAUAAGGCAACAGAUGGUUAAACUGAUUCUCAUGAAUACCCAAAGAUCAUAUAUAUAAUCGAAGUGUAUUAGUACCAUCCCAAGGUUUUUUUCUCAUUUAACAUAUAUUGUUUCAUAAUUCAGCAAGUACAAAUGCAAGCGCAUUGCACACUUUUUCCUUUCUAAACUUAAAGACAAGUCAAAAAGCCAUUUUUAGAACUAGAGGAUUUAAGAGGGUAGGAAUUAGGGUUUGUAUAUAUGUAUAUAUGGGACAUUUUAUCUUCUGGCCCAAAGUCAGAACUUUAUAAAAAUCUUGAGUUUGUUCACUAAUGUGAAAUAAGCUAUGUGUCCAGGGUAUUGCUCCCCUGAGUGUGUGUGAGUGCUGAGUAGUAUUGCAGAGAAUGUGAUGAGUUAUUCGCUGUCACAACUUUUUCUAUAGAAAACAGGGGCUGCUUUUUAAACUUCUCUCACUAUGGGCACUUUACCAAAAUACUUCCAUAUCAAUUAUUUGAACUCAGUAGUUGUUUGAGCUAGUUAGAUGUGUUUAUUCAAGUUUCUAUGAAAUCAUAUUUGACAAUACUGUAAAUUAGGUUAAUUUUGUAAGUCUUAGCAUCAUUAUAUUGUGCUGUUUUGGAUAACACGUUUGUUCCAAGCAUUUAAACUGUUUCAUUUGGUAAGUACCUUUACAUCGAAAUAAAUUGUGUUUGUGCCUCCAAACAAAAA